AAUGCCCCGCAACAAGAAACAAAAGGGCCCCCAGCUCGCGCCCGCCCCGGUCCGCCGCCUAAGCAGGGACCCAUUCCUUCCCAGUCUAAGCCGAAGACUAAGGGAGCUGGAACGACCGAGGCUCCGCAGAAGAAAGGACCCCUUCAAGCUAAUCAAAGGCCCAUUGUGCCAUUCUUGAGGGGAGAUCGGGUUUUGUUGAUUGGAGAGGGCGACUUCUCAUUUGCCCGUUCAUUGGCAACUCAAUACAAAUGUCACAAGCUAUAUGCUACAUGCUACGACUCUCGAGAAACACUCUUGGGCAAGUACCCACAAGCAGAGCAGAACAUCUUGGACAUUUUAAAUGCACCUGCAAAGUCAAAAUCCAAAUCCAAAUCCAAACCAGAGGCAGAGUCGGAGCAAGAACAAGAAUCAGACGAACAGCCCUCGGACGAACAGCAAGAUGCACCCAAAUCCCAACUAGCACCCAAUCCUAAUGGCCCUAAGGUCCUCUACUCCGUAGACGCCCGCAAACUAGGCGCCUCGGGAGGCGGAGGCAAAGAAAUCAAAUCCGGCUACCCACGCAAAGAGCGCAAAAGACCUACCUGGAUGAUCCAAAAAGAGCAACAAGAGCGCCAAAAGCAAGAACAGAAUGUGCGCCAAUUGCUAAGACCGGAGCCGGAAGCGAAGCCUGCACCCAGUGGGCCGUGGGAUGUGAUUUGUUUCAAUUUCCCGCAUGUGGGAGGUCUUUCGACCGAUGUUAAUCGUCAGGUUCGGGCCAAUCAGGAACUCCUCGUUUCCUUUUUCAAGGCUUGUGUGCCUCUUCUUUCUGCGGCGCCGGAGCCUAUUGAUCCGGAUGAUGAUGAGUGGGAGGAAGAUGAGGACGAGGACGAAGACGAAGAGGACGAGGAUGAUCAGACUUCUGGGAAGGAAGUCCGCACUGGUCCGGGUCAGAUCUUGGUUUCGCUUUUUGAGGCUGAGCCGUAUACUUUGUGGAAUAUCAAGGAUCUUGCUCGUCAUGCUGGGUUACAGGUUGUUACUAGUUUCCGGUUUCCGUGGAGUGCUUAUGAGGGCUAUUCGCAUGCUCGGACGCUUGGCGAGGUUGAAGGGAAAAAUGGAGGUAGGGGCGGAUGGCGUGGAGAGGAUCGGGAGGCACGUAUGUAUGUGUUUGAGGUGAGGAAGGAGCCGGUGAAGGCGGGCAAGAAGAAGAGAGCUAGAGCCCAAGAUGAUUCGGAUGAUAGCGAGUAA